AUUUCACGCGUCACUUGAAGAGGUAUAGAGAGAGAGGCGCAGUGUGCAAGUAAUCGUAGCCUUGAGGAUAGAAGCUAGGCAUUCAUCAGAAGGAAAAGUCCAACCUCGCUUCAAGUUGAGCGAUGUCUGAUAAUGAUGACGAUGAAAUCGACGACGACGACGAUGAUGCUUAUUAAUAGUGGAAGUGGAACAAGUAAUGAAUCCCAAAAAACUAAUGUUUUUCCACGGAUGCUCAUUCGGUAGCCACCUUCUAAAGGUCCACCCUGCGGACGAGGGCGGCUCCUUCCGACCCAUUGAUGACCCAAUGAUGCCUGUGCUCGCAGGAUCCUCGCAGCUCCAGACUUCAGUACUGGCAUCGUUCGCAGCGAGCUCUUUUAGAUUCUUGCCGAUGCUUAGUGGUUGCUCGAUGAGGUACCAGUCGUGGCUACAAGGUGGUCGAUCUCGUUGUGAGUGUUGUGGAGUGCUCAACCAUGUGGAGUGAGAGGAGUUCCUAUGUUGGACACAGAACAGGUAGGCGGCAAGCGUGAAGGAAUUCUCGAAGUUUACAUUGAGGAGAUUGCCGAGUCGGUUGCGGGGGCCUGGGGAGAGCCUUGCUGGGAAGCGGAGGAUGGUUCGGGCUUCGUCGGGAGAUUCUGGUUUGGCCUGGGGCAUUUCUUGUGGUAGCAGCGGAGACGAGGUCGCCGUAUCAAGAAAGGUGGCGAAGAAUAUUUUUUCGUUUUAGACAUUGCCAGGUUAUAUUUGCAGUGUUUGAGGAAAUUGAGACCACGAAUGAAGUGGGGAGGGAGGUCAUAAGAGAAUUAUUCCCACUUGGAGGAUGUUCUGGAACUUAAUAAAGGGGUGACGAGGCGGCUUCAGUAUUGAGAGUUGUUUUCUGACUGAUCAAGUCUGAGAAAUGUGUUGAGAGACUAGUUGUUCCUGAUUUCCAUCAACAAUAAAAGUGGAUAAGCUGCGUGAAAUAAAACAAUUGGUCAAGCAUGGUUAGCAUCAGGAAGCGGCGGCAGGGUGGUCUGUCCCCAGACAAUACAAAUCGACCACAAGUUUACAAGGCUUCUUCAUAUCCUCGGCCAACUGCCGUUUCAGCAAGCUACCCGAACACCAAGAAGGAUUUACCACUCAAACAGGAGGUGGGCGUAUCAAGGUUUAGAUUUGCAACUCCGCCGCCUUUGCCUUCGUUUCAGGACGUGCACCAGUUGCUGAAUCCCGCAUCUCUCCCGAAAGAGAGAGAAUUGAAAAAGAGGAAAUGGCAAAGGCGUAAACACCAGGAGAAUCAAGAGGCUUGUGUUAUGAGAGGUGUUUACUUUAAGAACAUGAAAUGGCAAGCUGCCAUUAAGGUCGAGAAGAAACAAGUUCACUUAGGCACUGUAAAUUCCCAAGAAGAGGCAGCGCGUCUCUAUGACCGAGCUGCUUACUUGCGUGGCAGGGAGCCCAACUUUGAGCUGACUGAAGCAGAGAAGCAAGAGCUCCAACUUCUCCAGUGGGAGGAGUUCUUGGAGCAAACACGGCAAGCAAUCUUAAGCAAAAAGAGGAAGCGGGGCACUAGCAAUGCGAGCGGGCAGAACACGGAAGCUGUUGUAUCUCCCAAGUCCUUCAAAUGCUCGUCAUAGUGGAGAUCACUGCACAAGACCACGUUGUUAUUGUUGUUGUUGCUGUUGUUCUUCAUGGUGUUUGGGUCCUAUCUUGCUUGAUUUGGGUACCCAUGAUUUUACAUUCUGGGAUCCAAUUUGGACAGUUUCCGAAGAAGACAAAGCAGCUAUAGGUUUCGGCUCUGUUGUACAUAACUCGUGGAGCUUUGUCUGGAAUUUACACAGGAAUCCCACCCGGACUGUGAUCGAUCCCUCCACUGAAGGAAUCUCUCCCAUACUACUAAAUAUUGCCAGGGUGCUGAGAACAUCUUCUACGUAGAGUUGUAAGUAAGAAAAAAAGGUGUUUAUUUUAUUAGUCCUUUCAGUAAUGAACCCAAGUUAAAAAGAAGGAUGGGAGUACAGUAUGGAAACAAUAUUUGGUGAA